UUUCUUUCUCUUUCAUUUUAUACCAAUUUCUCUUAUAGCUUUCAAUUUUGUACAACUUUUCGUCUUUUGGACUUAGUUUUCAUCCUAUAAUUUACUCCAAGGUAAUUCGUGAUGACGCUAAAUAGGGCAUGGGGAUUUUAAACAACUAUAAAAACUUCAUGUUGGUAUUUGUUCAUAGAGAUUUAUAUGCUUCUCAUUUAACCCUAAUAAGCAAUAACCAUAAGCUAAUAUUGCAAUAUCAAUGUUUUGUUUUAUACACACACAGGUCAAUGCGAAACUUCAUUUGAAAUAAUUGGAGAUUUGUUGAAAUAACAUAUCCUCUAUAUUAUAAAACUAGGUUGGUUGGGCCUAGUUUAUCUCAAUCAAUAUAAGUCUAAUUACGUGGGUUGAUUAUUUAUUUAAGACCAAGUUUAAUAUAUAAUUACCUGUACAUGAAGUGUUGGCUCAGUGGUAAGAGCUUGACAUUGUAACAUCAAAGAACGAAGUUCAAAUCCCAUCUUGGACACUUGUAACAUGACCAUUAGUACCACCAUUAUUAAUAAUUUUCGCUUCUCUAAUUUUUUAUUUAAAAAAAAUAUAAUCACCUUUAUGCCAGUAUUGGACAACAUUCCUUUCACUGUCUUUAUUAAGUUUGUUAUUUGUUAUGAAUGGAAAAAAAUAAGGAAUAAAAAUCCUUACUUUUAUGAUUUAUCCUACAAAGCAACAAAUUUGGAAAUUGUUAAACAUGUUAAUAUGAAACCUGGCACAUACUGAGGCCUUGGAGUUUAAUGCAUAACAAUUAUCUGAAAAAGGAACAUGUGUCUCUAAAUUAUUGUGCUUCUACUAUCAAGUGGUUUUUUCAUGUCCGCACUUAAGCAUGGCUGUGUAUACAAAGAUAGGCACAAAUUUGCAUACACAACCAUGAUGUGAUACUGAAGCACAGGCAGAACAUUUGCUAUAUAAUAAUCACUAUUUCGUGUCUAAUUUUUGUGUCUCAUACCAAUUCAUUCAUUCUUAUGAUCUUAUCCUCUCACAGAUAAGCCUUCAGAUUAGAAGAAUUACUAGUAAUGUUAUAAGAUGAUUAUUUAAUGUAUAGGCCAAGCCAAAAAUUUGUAUAUGUUGUGGUAUAUAAGCAGAGAUGAAAGGAGGGAAUAGUUAUAGCUUUAAAGGGGUGCAUCUUUCUCUAGCUCUGGUUGCUCUCUUUCUUUUUACGACAUUACUGUGGUUGUGGGAGAAAAAUCCAAUGGUUAUAACUUUACAGUCAGCUCAAGAUUGGUACUACCUUCCUUCAGUUCCAAUUGAUUCUAUAAAAGCUAUAAAUCUGACAAAAAGCAAGGCAAAAUCAAGUCCCAUCAUAGAAACUGGACCAAAAGUUAAAAUUGAUAUUGUGAAGGUAGAUUCUCCUAAAAGGCAAUACAAUGCAGAGGUCAGGUCUUCAAGAAGUGAAGUUUGUAAUUUUGCCAAAGGUAGAUGGAUUGCAAACAAAAGGAGACCCCUGUAUUCUGGGUUUGGCUGUAAACAAUGGUUAUCCCCAAUGUGGUCAUGUAGAUUGACACGAAGACCGGAUUUCUCAUUUGAAGGAUACCAUUGGCAGCCAGAAAAUUGUGACGUGCCAGAGUUUGACCCAUCUGGGUUCUUUAGAAAGAUGCAGGACAAAACAAUUGCAUUCAUAGGAGAUUCAUUGGGCAGACAACAAUUUCAAUCUCUUAUGUGUAUGGUCACUGGUGGAUAUGAGAGCCCGGAAGUUGAAAAUGUUGGAUGGGAGUAUGGUCUUGUAAAAGCACGUGGAGCUAUUCGUCCUGACGGUUGGGCUUACAGAUUUCCACAGACCAAUACCACAAUCUUAUAUUAUUGGUCAGCUAGCUUAUGUGAUCUGGAGCCCCUAAGCACCACAGACCCACUUACCAAUGUUUCCAUGCAUUUAGAUCGCCCACCAGCUUUCAUGAGAAAGUUCCUCCACCGGUUCGAUGUUUUGGUUCUCAAUACAGGACACCACUGGAACAUGGGAAAGCUUAAUGCAAACAGGUGGAAAAUGCAUGUUGAUGGAAAGCCAAAUGAAGACAAACAUCUUUUAGACCUUGGAAAUGCCAAGAACUUUACAGUCUAUAAUGUAGUCAGAUGGCUUGAUUCACAACUUGUCUCUCAUCCUCGACUCAAAGUUUUCUUUAGGACUUUAUCGCCUAGGCAUUUUGUCAAUGGGGAUUGGAACAGUGGUGGAAGCUGUGAUAGCACUGUUCCAUUACGGAGAGGAAGUGAGGUUGUACAGGAAGGAUCUAGUGAUCCAACUGUUGAGGGUGCACUUAGUGGUACAAAGAUUAAGAUUCUUGAUAUAACUGCUAUUUCGCAACUGAGGGAAGAGGCACACAUGUCUCGAUACACUGAUAGGGGAGUUUCUAAUUCUAGUGAUUGUUUACAUUGGUGCCUACCUGGAAUCCCAGAUGCAUGGAAUGAACUUCUUGUUGCUCAGAUAUAGGCUCUGCCACAGUUUUGGACUACCAAGGAGUACCUUACGCAUAUCGGUACCGGGCACUUCACCAUUUUACGUGUGCUCAUGAUUCAGAGCUCCCAACACAUCAAGAGAGACAAAAUCUCAAAGAAGAAAAUACAUUGGCUCAGGCUUAAAGAUUCAAAAUGCUUGGAGAUUGGAACCUGUCUAAUAGUAUCCAUUCUUUUGCAGUCUAGGAAGGCCAUGUGUUAUUUUCUGUUAGUGUAUUUUACGUGUACUCUUUUUCCUCACUGGAUAGGAUUGUAGGUAGGUUAUGGAACUCCAUUGUUCUCUAAUUUUCAGUGUGAGAAAAUGAGUGGAGUUUGGGGUGGUGCUUUGAACUCCAUGAGGUGUUAGCUUAUCCCAUAACUAUGGGUUGAGUUAUUGAACAAUUUGAAGGAAUUUUGUUGUACUUAUGUCUAUGUAUUGUAAAUGUUAUCAAUAAGAAAAAGAGCAAAUUCAUCUUCAUA